AUGAAGUCAUUCUUUGUCCGCGCUCUGUUGUUUUGCCCGCUCGUUGUGGCAGCAGCUAUCGAGAGCAUCGAGACUCGCCAGGAUGAACUAGCAGUAUGCUGCUACGAAUGGCGUGAUGUGCGCGGAAACUCCCAGCUCUUCCGUAACACCGAGCUGUCCCAGUCGGUCAGGGGUGACCCUUCAGGCUGGUGUAUCGCCCUGGUGGAAAGAGACGUGAACGAUCCCGACAACUGCGAUGCCGCAACGGCUACUAUCACUAACGGAUUCUGUGGUAACGUUGGGGAUUCAGUUCCCGUCGUCGCCUGCCCUUAAAUACCAAUUGGCAUGGUCACCGAUGAGGGCGUACACCUCACUUGAGACGAGAAGAUGAACAGAAUGGCUGAAAGGCUUGGUGGACGGUGGCCGGUAGAAAGCACGUAUGUACACUGUGUCUACACAUAGUAUUCAUAGCACAGCCCAAUUACCACAGCCUUUAUU